UUAAUCUUAUUUUGUAUUUGAUGUAUGGAUAGAAAGUAGCAUUGUAGCAUGGCCAUGGAGCUCACAUUUCACUCAUCAAUCGCUUCUGUAAACGUCGCAAACCCAUCUUCAUCUUCUUCCACGCCAUUCUGCACCUAUGCUGUUCACCCUCUCCGAAACGGAACCAACAACUCUCGUUCCACUCACAGAAGAAAGAUCCCACGUUUGCGUAUCGGUAACCCUUCCACCCAACCUAAAUUGAACCAUCACCAAAGCCUCAGUCAACAUCAAAAUGCAGACUUGUCGCGUUUGCUUCAAGAGGGUAACCUCAAUCAAGUUUUGGAACUCAUGGGUCAAGGUGUUUUUGCUGAUUAUAGUGUUUACAUUUCCCUCUUGAAAUUAUGUGAGGAUUUGAAGUCACUUGAAUUAGGGAAAAAGGUUCAUGAUUUCGUCAGAAGAUCGCAAUUUGGAGGGGAUGUUGAAUUGGGAAAUGGGUUGAUUGGGAUGUAUGUGAAAUGUGGUAGCUUGAAGGAUGCGCGAAGGGUGUUUGAUAAAAUGCCUGAGAGAAAUAUCAGUUCUUGGAAUUUGAUGAUUAGUGGAUACACUGUGAAUGGCUUAGGGAAUGAUGGUUUGUUAGUUUUUAAGAGGAUGAAGCAACAAGGGAUAGCACCUGAUGAGGAAACUUUUGCGUCGGUUUUGGCUGCAUGUGUGUCGGUAGAAGCUGUGGAAGAAGGGUUAAUGCAGUUUGAAUCCAUGAAGGAAUAUGGAAUUGUUCCAAGCACGGAGCACUAUUUGGGGGUUGUUAAUGUUCUGGGAUGUGCUGGUCAGUUGAAUGAAGCUGAGGAGUUCAUUGAGAGUAUGCCAAUUGAAGUUGGAGUUGAGUUUUGGCAGGCUCUUCGAAACUUUGCAAGAAUUCAUGGAGAUUUAGAACUUGAAGAUCGUGCUGAGGAAUUGUUAACUGCUCUUGAUCCUUCAAAAGCUGUUGCUGAUAAAGUGACUGCACCUCAUAGAAAGAAGCAUUCUGCAAUUAACAUGCUGGAGGAGAAGAAUAAAGUGGCCGAAUAUCGGUGUAAUAUGCCCUAUAAAGAAGAAGGUGAUUUGAAAUUGAGAGGCUUAACCGGGCAGAUGAGGGAAGCAGGUUAUGUUCCUGAUACAAGAUAUGUUUUGCAUGAUAUUGACGAGGAGGAAAAGGAGAAGGCUUUGCAGUAUCAUAGUGAGCGUUUGGCAGUUGCUUAUGGUCUCAUCAGUACUCCGCCGAGGACUACGCUUAGAAUCAUCAAGAAUCUACGCAUAUGUGGAGACUGUCACAAUGCGAUCAAAAUUAUGUCAAAGAUUGUUGGAAGGGAGCUCAUUGUGAGGGACAACAAGAGAUUCCAUCAUUUCAAAGAUGGGAAAUGUUCCUGUGGAGAUUAUUGGUAGUGUGGUUAAAAUAAUUCUCAAAUGUAGAUACUCUGAUAAUUUAUUACUAUAGGUUGUUUUUGUUUCCUGCUAAAAUAUGUAAGGUUCAAACCCAUGUUUGAAAAGAUCAAACAAAGUUUUGUUUCAUCUAUGAAUUAACCUAUGUAUCUUA